AUGUCGAUAGUUGCUAUAAAAAACGUGUUGGUAAAACUAUUUCACAAACCAUCAUCGGAAGAUGAAGAAUUCGAACGUGCCAAUGCAUUGUUGAACAACAAUCAACAUCCAUACGGUUCAACCACCGAUGGGACACCAGAUCGUGCCCAAGAAGUGGCCAUACAAGAAGCAUUAAUCAACGCCGCUGCAUCAAUUGCUUCAUCGGAAAAUAAAGAAGAAGAUCAAGACGGCAUAUCUGGAUUCUUCAACAAAUUUGACCCCCGUGUCAUGUCCGAUAUGAUUAUCGGGUUGUCCGAUGGGUUAACUGUGCCAUUUGCCUUGACUGCGGGGUUAUCUUCUUUGGGUGACUCAAGAUUGGUCAUUACUGGUGGUAUGGCGGAAUUGGUAUCUGGUGCGAUAUCCAUGGGUUUAGGUGGUUAUCUUGCCGCCAAGUCUGAAUCCGAAUACUACAACUCGCAAGUAAAGAAGGAAAAAUUGGAAUUCUUUAGAAAACCAGAAAUGAUUAACCAAGAAGCAGCAGAAAUAAUGUUCGAAUUGGGUGCAUCCGAAUCAACCAUCAUUUCGUUCUUGAAAGACUUGGACGCUCGUCCUAAGAACCUCAUUGACUUUGUUAUUAGGUUCGGAAAGGGGUUGGAAGAACCAGCUGAGGGCAGAGAAUUCACCUCUGCAUUGACCAUUGGGUUGGCAUACUUCUUUGGUGGGUUUGUGCCAUUAUUGCCUUAUUUCUUUACCCAAUACGUCCAGACUGGGUUGCUCAUCUCGGUCAUUGUCAUGUUGAUCACCUUGUUUGCAUUUGGAUACAUAAAAACCGCGAUAUCGUUGGGAGAAGAAUGCGGUACUCGUAAAAAGAUACUUGAAGGGAUUCAAAUGGUGGCAAUUGGAUCAAUUGCCGCGGGAUCUGCAUGGAGUUUGGUCUAUCUUAUCGAUAGCCAUUGA